UUCUUGUCAUUUUAGAUGAGAGACAUUUAUAACUAUUGAGAGUUAUUUUGCUAUUUAUUUAAUUUUUAUUCCAUUUUAUUUGUUUUCUUUCCACAUAUGUUCAGUUAAAACAAUAUAUUACAACUGGCUAAAAGGAGAAAUAAAGGAUCUGUUUUACUAAAUUUCAUUUUUUGUCAUUGGACUAAUUGCAAGUUUAUACAGUUAUCUUGGGAACCCAGAGCCCUCUUCUUGUGUCAAGUGAAGAGAGUGCUACAUAAAAAAUGGAGGCACCGCUGGGAUCCUUUUUUUUCCCCUUUAGCCAAGUGUAAAUAUAUACAUACUUUUUUUAGGAGUGUAUUGAGUAGAACAGUUUGGCAGUAUGGAUAUUCAAUCAGAGGAUUUGAUCACUGAGUUCAUUGAAUGGUGUAGUGAGUUAAAGAUUGACCCAUCUCAUGUUUUAGUUCUCAGGGAUGUUCCAAAGGGCACUGAAGUAGCAGAUGUUGAACGUGCAGUCGAGACAGUAAAAGCGUUUGGGAGGGUCCGGGUAAGGGCUGAAAAAUUUCACUCCGAGCUGAAAUCUAAUUUAGUGUUGUGUGAGUGCAGUCAGCUUUUAGAUCCUGAGCAUACCCCUCCAGAGAUAAUACCUCCAGGUGAGGAAGGGCCCUGGAAGAUUGUUCUACUUACCCCUUCGGUGAGUACAUCUCAGUCAUUUUUUUCCAAACUCCAGACCUUAAUUCAAGAGGAAGGAAAAACGAUGGCUGAUGUUGAGGCCCUUUUUCCUAAAGGAGCCUUUAGAAAGCAGUUCUCCUGAUAGCAUCAUCAGGGCAGUGGGAGAUUUGUUAGAAAAAACAAUGAAGCCAAACAGUGAAAUUAAUGCAUUUAGACGCUUGCGGAUCUUUUCUGGUAUGGUUCCUACCCCCCCUGGAGAAGAAAGUUUAGAGCAUUGGUUGGCACAGGCUUACUUGAUGGUUGAAGAAUGUAAUUGUUCAAAUCGGGAGAAACGGACCAGAAUAGUUGAAAGCUUGAGAGGACCCGCUUUGGAUAUAAUACAGGCAGUGAGGUUAAAUAACAAGGAUGCAAAUGCUUUAGAGUAUUUAGAAGCUUUAGAGAACACAUUUGGCACCUCUGAGUCUGGAGAGGACCUAUAUUUUGCUUUUCGGGCUAUGCACCAACAGAAAGGUGAAAAACUUUCAGAUUUUGUACAGAGGUUAGAUCGAGCUCUCAGAAAAGUUGUAAAGAGAGGAGGUGUGUCUUCUCGACGCAUGGACCAGGUUAGACUUGAACAGCUUGUGCGAGGCUCAUCUGAGUCUGACUUGAUUCUAGUACACCUCCGUCUGCGAGAAAGAAAAGAGACACCUCCCACCUUUUUGCAGUUAUUAAAUGAGAUAAGAGAGGAGGAAGAGUAUGACGCUUCCCGCCGCAAAUUAAAUCUUGAAGUGAGACAGGUUCAGACUAGAGAGAAAAAAAUGCAACCCACUGAAAUGCAGGAGUUAAAAGCAGAUGUAAAAGCUUUGCACUCUCGGUUUGGGGAGUUGACUAAAAAGCGAGAAAUAGGAAAUGACCAACUGGAUGGAGCUCUAAAGAGGUUUAGUACAGUGCAGGGCGGUGAGGUUGAAGCUUUACGGAAACAGGUGCUCCAACUUCAAGAACAAGUUAAAGUAUUGACAGUCUCACAUGCUACUUCCUCAUCGAAAGAAGGGAGAAAACUAGAGAGUAAAACCCAUUCCAGUCAAAAUCGUAGGUCUCAGUCAUCAGACAAUUCGUCUGAAUUUUUUUGUUAUCGAUGCGGUGAAGAUGGUCAUUUUGCCAACAAGUGUACCUCUCCUGAAGAUUUAACCAAAGUCAUUCAGAAACUUAUCCGCGCACUUCGUAAAAGCAAAGGUGACAAAGAAUCAGAAAGAAAAGCUUCUGCUUCGAUGGCAAACUAUUCUGUUAGACGAGGAGCAGUAGACUCUUGUUCACCUAACUCCAUUCCAGAAGGGUUAGUUGGUCCGUCUACUUUCAUUGAUGUGGCUAUUGAGGGGCAGUUAUGCAAAGCCCUCCUGGACAGCGGUUCACGUGUCACAAUUGUGUUUGAGAGCUGGUAUAAGAAACACAUUCCUCACAUUCAGAUACAGCCACUUACAAACCUUGCUAUAUGGGGUCUUAGUGAUUCCAAUUAUCCUUAUAGAGGGUUUGUGUCUGUGGAUGUUGCAUUCUUCACCCCUGAGGGAGAAGAAAAAGAAAAACUUGCACUCUUGGCUUUAGUAUGCCCAGAUCCAAAGAGUCCUGACCCGGUGUCAGUGAUUCUUGGUACCAAUACCCCUAAAUUUCAAGCUUUGCUGGCCCAGUGUGAAGAGUUAGACAAUGAUGGUGUGGUUCGAUCUCUAAGAAUCUUACCUUAUGAGUUGGAGACUUGUGAACAGAUUUUGCUAUCUGGUUCCUUAGCUAAGGAUGACACAGUAGGACAUGUGAUGUGGUUAGGUCCUGGCCCAUUAUCCAUCCCCCCUCGUAGCACUGGCUAUGCUGUUUGUCAGGUAAAACAAGUCCAGUCAUUAGGCAACGAAAUUCUAGUAGUGGAGAAUAUGGAAGAUAAAAAGCUUCCUGCUGGUGUGCUGGUCCCUUCUCUGGUCAUGACGCCCUCCAACUUAGAUGUGAAAAACUUUAUACUACCGUUGCACAAUGACUCCCAAAAAGAAACUGCCAUCCCAGUGGGUACGCCCCUCGCUCAGGUGUAUACAGUGGAUGUAGCUACAGUGCCACUGACAUCAAAAUUUCCGCAGACAUUUGUAGAUCCUCAUAUGUUCAAUUUUGGAGACUCGCCUAUCCCAGAACCAUGGAAGGCACGCCUGAUAAAAAAAAUGUCAGAAAGAUCCAGUGUUUUCUCAGUGGAUGAAUGGGAUGUGGGGUUAGCUAAGAAUGUAGAACAUCACAUAAGACUUAGUGACUCUAAGCCUUUCCGAGAGCGGUCUAGGCGUAUUGCGCCUGCUGACAUUGACGAUGUUCGUCGUCACCUGCAAGAGCUUUUAGUGGCAGGCAUAAUUAAAGAAUCCCGUAGCCCUUAUGCUUCGCCAAUUGUCAUUGUCCGAAAGAAAAAUGGUCGGGUUCGUAUGUGUAUUGAUUAUCGUACGUUAAACUCCAGAACCAUUCCAGAUCAAUACACAAUGCCCCGCAUCGAUGAUGUUCUUGAUUGUCUGUCAGGAAGUAAGUGGUUUACAGUGCUUGAUUUGAGGAGUGGUUAUUAUCAAAUUGCUGUGUCAGAGGCUGAUAAGGAAAAAACCGCAUUCAUUUGUCCACUUGGCUUUUUCCAGUUUGAGCGAAUGCCGCAGGGUGUAUCUGGAGCUCCUGCGACAUUUCAGCGAUUAAUGGAGGCCACAGUAGGAGAUAUGAAUUUGUUGCAGUGUCUUGUGUAUCUGGACGACCUCAUUGUGUUUGGGAGAACACUUGAGGAGCAUGAAGAGCGCCUUCUCAAGGUGUUGGGGAGAUUGGAGGAGAGUGGUCUCAAAUUAUCACUUGAGAAGUGUCAGUUUUGUCAGGCACGAGUGAAAUAUUUGGGUCACAUUGUGUCGGCUGAAGGGAUUUCGACCGAUCCUGAGAAGGUCAGGGCAGUUUUGAAUUGGCCAAAACCUACUGAUCUCAAGUCUUUGCGAUCAUUUCUUGGUUUCUGCGGGUAUUAUCGCCGCUUCAUUGCCAACUACUCCUCUAUUGUUAGACCCUUGACUGAGUUGACAAAAGGUUACCCUCCUGCCCAAAAGAAAGGGAAAAUUGAUGUUCUUGGAAAGAAUUCUUAUUUCAGGGAGUCAGAUUCUUUUGGUGAGCGUUGGGAUCACACUUGUGAUGAAUCUUUCACUAGGAUCAUACACUGUCUUACAAAUGCUCCAGUGUUAGCAUUUGCAGACCCAAGCAAACCGUAUGUGCUGCAUGUAGAUGCAAGUUUGAAUGGUUUGGGAGCAGUGCUUAACCAGGAAUAUCCGGAGGGAUUGCGUCCUGUUGCAUUUGCGAGCCGGAAAUUGAGUCGGUCUGAGCAAAAUUAUCCCAUUCAUCAACUUGAGUUUCUUGCUUUGAAAUGGGCCAUAGUAGACAAAUUUCAUGAUUAUCUAUAUGGUGCCAAAUUUACAGUGAGAACUGAUAAUAAUCCCCUCACGUACGUGUUGACAUCAGCAAAACUCAAUGCUACUGGCCACAGGUGGUUAGCAGCUUUGAGUACCUAUGACUUCAAUGUUCAGUAUAAACCUGGCAAGAACAAUGUUGAUGCAGACUUGUUAUCUAGGAAUGCACAGGAACUACAGGAAGAAUGGGAGACUAUACCACCCUCUGGUAUAAAGGCCCUUUGUCAUCAGGUUAGUGUGGUCAAGGCUGAUGAUCCUCCCAGGUUUAUUGAUCAGUUGGGUGCGCCUCCUGAUGCGAUUCCUGAUGUUUUUCUUUUGCCUCUCAUCUUGAAAUCGGUCCUCUGGAACAACUGACUCAAAGUGAUUUAAUUGAGGCUCAGAGAUCUGACCCUGCUAUUGGUGUUUUUUUAAAAGGGAUGGAGACUGAGAUGCCCCAUUCAGAUGUGGAAUCUAAGGACCCUGAGGUUGCUAUACUUCAGAGGGAGAGUCCAAAGAUACAACU